AUGGAGAUGAAGAGAGGAGAGGUUGCGCUUCAAUGGUUUAAUACUACAGGCCCGAACAACGACCAUCUAGUCCUCUCCCCUUACAUCUUCCCUGAAAACCACCUUCGUCGCGAUUCUCCUUCUGCUUCCUUGCCGGACAUCUGUUGGGACCCUAGUCUGGGGAACGUUUCUUAUCAAAACGCCAUGCUCCCAAAUCAUCUAUACCAAAACCCUAACCCCUCACAAAACACCAAUCUCAAUAAUAAUACUGAUUUUGCUGAUCAGAGCCAAAAUCAGCAUCAUCUCCCUGCUGCUUUGAAUCGACUGAGCAUAUCGAAUAACAAUUCUCAUCAUCAUGAUCAUCAGCCGCAGCCUGGUGGUACUGCGUCGAACCUAAGAGCAAACAGCUUCUCAGGAGGUAAUGGUUUUACUACUCAAUACCCAUCCCCUCAUCAUGUGCAAGAGGAGGAGGAAUAUUUGGAGAGGUUGAAGAAUCAGUAUGUUUUGUUGAUGGCACAGAUGGAUCAGUACGUGAGGCUUCAUGGAUCCUUUUCCAAUCAUGGUACCACUAAUAACCAUAAUUUCAAUGGUGCUCUUCCCCAUUCUUUGUCAGCGGCACGCGGUAAUUUUCCUUUGAUAGAGGUGGAACCUAUUUAUACAGGAGGAGCGAGUCGGGGUGGGAGUAGUAGUACUUCUAGGCCAAAUAAUAUUGCUCAAUUUUCCUCUGCUGAUCAAUUUGGUGCUUAUGGAUAUCAUCCAAUGAGGCCUAAUAAUUCGCUGCGAAACGGAUUAACUAGCAGCCGCGGAUCAUCAUCAAGGUAUGCUAAUGGGUCAGGACGACAGCGUCUACGUACUAAUUUCUCAUCAUCAUCGUCAUUGGAACAAAGCGGCCAAGUGAUGACUAGUAGUAAUUUAAUUACCAAAGAUCAUGAUCAUGGCAUCAGGGGAUCAAGGUUUGCUAAUGGCUCUGCACGGCAGCAGCAUCCAAGUACUUUCUCUCUGACUUUAGAAGAAAUAAGGGGCCAAAUUGCUUUGGUGGCCAAAGAUCAUGCCGGGUCUAAAUUUUUGCAGAAGAAGAUGGAGGAGGGCAAGCCGGAGGAAAUUACUAUCAUUUUCUCCGAGGUCAUGGAGGCGGAUUUCCGUGAAUUGAUGGUUGAUCAAUUCGGCAACGAACUUGUUCAGAAACUUGUUGAAGCAGCCAACAAAGAAGGAUGGUCCAAAAUGCUUGACUUGGUGAUGAGUGAUGAGAAAAAACUCAAGGACAUAUGCACUGAUCAGCACGGAAGUCGAGCAAUGCAGAAACUGCUGGAGCGCGUUGAAACCCGUGAGCAACAGUCGGCAUUCAUGCGGCUUCUGAAGCAUAUAACGAUUCCCUUGAGCAAGACCCAGCCUGGUUAUUAUGUGAUUCAAGUUUGCUUGAAACAUUUCUCUCCUGAAUCCACCAAGGGUCUUCUGGAAUUAGUAUACGAAAACUGCCUUGCUCUUGCAAAAGACAAAUUUGGGUGUUGCUUAGUGCAAAGUAGUGUUCAUUAUGCUUAUACAGAAGCUAAAGAGCGUCUUGUGGCUGACAUAACUGAAAAUGCUCGAGUUCUCUCUGAAGAUCCAUACGGGAACUAUGUCGUGCAGUACAUAAUUGGAUUAAAGAACCCGCGUGUUACAACUGACAUACUAGCACAACUUGGAGGUAGUUUUGUUAAUCUAUGCAUGAAUAAGUAUGGCAGUAAUGUGGUUGAGAAGAUCUUGAAAGAGGCUGGAGAAGAGCAUGUCAAUACCAUUGUUUACGAGAUGAUUAAUAGUCCACACUUUUUGGCUCUUCUUCAAGAUCCUUAUGGGAAUUAUGUUGCUCAAUCUGCUUUGGGAGUAUCCAAGGGAGCUGCUCAUAAUACUCUUGUGCAACUCGUUCGGAGCCAUUACCCUUAUCUCCACAGUCAUCUUUACGGGAAAAGGGUGCUGGACAAAACCAGGGGUCACAGGCAUCGUUACUAA